AUGCAAAUGGAUGAGGAAAAUUAAGGAUUAGUACGUCAAGAAGUGAAGAAACCUAAGGAUCCUGAAACACGUGGCAUACUCUCCACUCUAUGUUACAUAAUCCAACUCAUCAUACUCAUUUUAUUAGUAUACCUACUUUUCAAGUAUGCUUUGGCCAAUCAAAGAAAAUCUUCUUCGAUCCCUUAAAUCCAAUAAUUGAAAGUUAAUGAAAUUGAGAAUAUAGACGAUAUUGAUAAUACUCUGGUUCUGGAUAAGGAAGAUUAAGACAUCAUGCAAUUUUUAACUAGUCCUGAAGAUGUUACUCAAUUUGAUAACAUCAUGCCAGAACCAGAAGAAGAACAAUUUGAAGAAUUAAUAUUCGAAGCUGAACCAUGGAAUGAAGGACAAUUGUAAGGUUGGCAAUAUAAGAAUGGCUUAACUUUGAUUGUCUAAGAAAAAUUAGUGGAAAUUGCUACUCUGUAAUUUGUAAUCUACCAUGGCUAUCAUGAUGAUGAUUACAAUACAUUAUUCAUGCAUCUAUUAUUGAAGUAGCAGUGUUCCCAAGCACAAUUGAUUGAAAGACCAUACAUGAGUACUGUAACUAUACACAUUAAAAACGAAUUAAUGGAAACUUGCAUUAGAAAGUUCGCUGAUUCACUUGCAAGAGAAUACACCUAAGAUGAUUUGGAUAAUAUUAAUAGUGAAGAAAUAGAAAUCAAUGAUGUAGAUCUCAUUUCCAAAAUUGAUAGAGUCUUAGAUGCUAUAUCCUUAAAUAAUGAAAUUAUGACUGAGCCCAUGCAGAUUUAAGAUUUAUAAAAUUACAUAGAAUUAAUAUUGGUUUCAAAUCCACUUAGGUUGACUAUAGAAUCUUCACUCUCAAAUUAAGAAAUUUAUAUGAUUGUUUCUGAUACUCAACUAUUGUAAAAGGAAUUUGGAACAUCAAUUAUUGAUUCUUGGGAUCUAGAGCCUAUUUUAUAUAAUCAAAUCAGAAUCAAUUCCAAUCUCACUUCAACAAUUUUGAUAUAUCCAACAAAGCAAGAUGAAUUUUUUAAACAUUUGUUAUUGUUAAAAACAUAAAAUUCUUUACAAACUAUUCUUAAAUGUCAAUUUGAAGUUUUAGAUUUUGACUUCUUGGCAAUUAAUAUUGAAGAAUGCAAUACCAAUAGCAUCACAUUAGCUAAUGCAAUCUACAAUUUUGGAUCAUUUUUAAAAAGAUAAAAUGAAAAAACAUUAUUAAACUGCCAUAAAGAUUUUUACAAUUUAUAAAUUCUCUAUUAAAAAUAUGUUGACGAUAAGGAAUUUUCCAAAAAGGAUUUUAAUGCAAUUAUUGAUAAUAUUUAAUCCGGAGUCAUUAUUAUUGAAUAAGGAUAAUUUAUCUACCAAGAAUUAACUACUUUAAACAAAGAGGAAUUCUUGAACUCUAAUUUUGUGAAUAAAAAAGUACAAUCAAUAGAGUAUUCCAAUAUUUUGUUAGAUUAUACUACUGUUUCCAAUAUAGAUGAGUAAUUAAUUUCAUAGUUAAAACUACCCAAUCUAUCUUAGUUCAUUCCUAUCGAGUAACCCAAUUACAAUUUUUACACAACAAAAAACGUUGUCCCAACUAAUAUUACGUUACCAGAACCCAAGCUUUAGAAUGAUUCUCCAAAUGACAUAGAACCCAUUUACCAACCUAUAACUCCCUAUGUUCCAUUAGAUUUAGAUCAAUCCUAAAAAAAUUACCAAAUUCCAAUUUUAACCCCAUUAUAGAUAUCUUAAGAAUUGUGGUGGCAAUACGAUAAUCGCACAAAUAGAGUGUUUCUAGGAAUUCUAUUCUACAAACCAAUCAAUGGAUAUAGCAUUGCAAAAUCUAAGGCAAUUCUAAAAGUUGCUUAAAUGUAUAUAGAGCAAUCGAACUUAGAAGCCAUCUCAGCUGGUUUCAAUGUUUAGGUAGAAAGCAGCUUGAAAGGAAUCUCGUUGAUGUUAUCAGGAUGGAGUCUAACAUUUGAAGCAGUUAAAAACUAGGUGUUAUAGAAUUUAAAAUAAAUAAAGGAUGAAUCUAAAUUUAAGAAUAUCAAAGAAGAUUUAAGAAGUUAAUUUUAGGAAUAUUAUUUUUAAAAAACUUAGUUUUAUUUAGUUCAAUACUGGUUACCAAAAUUGAUGUUGCGACCUGUAAAUGAUCCAGCAGACAUAAUUAAAGAAUUUUAGGAUUUAAAAUUUAAUGAAUUUCUCUUAAUUCUUAAAUGA